GUGUCUUUGAAAGGGGCAAGGAAAGGGGGUCGUGGCUUAACAUUAUAAAGGAAAAAAUAAGACAGCAUUGCCGUCUUGGUUGGUGUUGAAUACGCGUCUUGACAGGCUUUUGUAAAAGCAAAAGACCGGGAGAGAUCUCCAAAGACGAGCGCUAGCCUAUUUAGUAUUUUGAAAUCAUCAAAUCCCCUAUCCAUUGACAAAAAUCUCUUCUCUCCACUUGAAAAUGAAACUUUUGCCCAUUUGCACUUGGCUCCUAUGCCUUUUGCUUUUUAUCGUGUGCUUGGGAUCUGAGUGUGGGACUCCACGGCGAAUUGUGAGGUCUAAAAGAGACUUGGUACGCAUCAGGGAAGCCAGAAGUACCUUCCCAGGACCUUGUGCCACACGCCUGCCUCGGGGCAAACGCUCACUUCCCGGGAUAGAUCGGCGCUCCCCUCGCCUGUCACAGGCGGGGGAAAGCAGCCCAGGUCGGCGGAGGGCUGUUUACUUUACCGGUCGAGGAGACCAACUGCGUCUGAAACCCAAUGCAGAGGUGCCAAGGGGUAAUUUCACCCUGGAAAUGUGGAUUAAACCUGAGGGUGGGCAGCGCUCUCCAGCUGUUAUCGGAGGUCUCUAUGAUAAAUGCUUCUACGCAUCCAGCGACAGAGGAUGGUUACUUGGCAUCAAAGCAGUCAGCGACCAAGCCAACCGUGACCCUCGUGUCUUCUUCUCCCUCAAGACAGACCGAGCUCACAAGCUCACCACAAUCACCUCCAAUGCACCCUACAUUCCCAAUCAAUGGUCACACGUGGCCAUCACCUACAAUGGUCUCUUCAUGAAGCUGUAUGUAAAUGGGGCGCAGGUUGCUGUAAGUCGAGAUCAAUCCGGUGAGAUUUUUAGCCCCCUUACCAAGAAGUGCAAGGUGCUCAUGAUCGGUGGCAAUGCAUUAAACCACAACUACAGGGGAACGAUGGAACACUUGAGCUUGUGGAAUCGGGCUCUGAGCCAACGUGAGAUCAUCAGAUACAUGGGUCACAGUUUGGGUCAGUUUGGUGACCUCUCUCAGCUGGUCAUCCAUGAGAACUUCGAGAACAUGUCAAAACGGUGGCUGACGGUGAAAGAUGGCAGUUUCCCCCGGUUGGAAGACUCAGACCGGAGCCUGGAGGCUGUCCUCAGUGAUGCUGCACUGAAACCUCCACCUUGCGGACAGACUGUGUGUGACAAUGUGGAAGUGAUUACAAACUACUACCAGCUCUGGAGCUUCCGCAAACCCAAGACGGUGCGCUACCGAGUGAUAAACGUUUACGACGAUGAUGGACGGUGGCCGACGAUUACAGACCACCAGAUCAACCUUCAGCACCAGCACUUGAACAAUGCUUUCCGUGUCUACAACAUUUCCUGGGAGCGCACCAUUCACAACGUAUACAACUCGUCUUUACGUAACCGCCUAAUACUGGCCAACUGUGAUAUCAGCAAAGUGGGUGAUGAAGAGUGCGAUCCAGAAUGUAACCACACUCUUACUGGCUUUGACGCCGGAUACUGUAAGAGGCAGAGUGCACGCUGCCCCGAAUACAAGCAGGGGAACGGGGUUUGUGACCCAGAGUGUAACUGGGACAAUUUCUAUUACGAUCAUGGGGACUGCUGCAACCCCAACAUCACUGAUGUCACCAAGACCUGCUUUAAUCCUGCAUCACCCCACAGGGCUUACAUGAACGUGAAAGAGCUGAAAGAGGUUUUGAAUUUGGAUGGAUCCACACACUUGAACAUCUUCUUUGCUAACUCAUCUGAUGAAGACGUGGCUGGUGUGGGCACUUGGCCCUGGGAUAAAGAAGCUUUGACACAUUUAGGUGGGAUUGUAUUAAACCCUUUAUUUUAUGGUACGUUUGGCCACACUCACACCAUGAUCCAUGAGAUCGGCCACAGCCUUGGACUGUACCAUGUCUUCAGGGGAAUCUCAGAGGUGGAGUCCUGUAACGAUGCCUGCUUAGAGACUGAGCCGUCUCUUGAGACGGGGGAUCUGUGUAUAGAUACAAAUCCCACCCCCAAGUACAAGUACUGCAGAGAUCCUGAGCCAGGCAACGACACCUGCGGCAGACGUCAUUUCACUAAAACCCCCUUCAACAAUUACAUGAGCUAUGCUGAUGAUGACUGCACAGAUUCCUUCACGCUGAACCAGGUGGCCCGGAUGCACUGUUACCUGGAUCUGAUCUACCAGUCUUGGAGACCUGGCAGUAAACCAGCUCCUGUUCCUCUACCUCCUCGAGUAACAGCGCAGGACCAAGACUCUAUUACACUAGAGUGGUUCCCUGCCCUCACCGGCCAUUACUUAGACAGAGAAGUGGGAUCAGUUUGUGACAGAUGUACUGAAGUUGGGGUGCUCCUACAGUAUGCCUCGAACUCUUCUUCUCCCAGACCCUGCGCUCCCUCCGGCCACUGGAGUCCUCGUGAAGCAGAAGGUCCACCAGAUGUAGAGCAGGCCUGUGAAGCGAGCGUCAGCACUUGGAGCCCCAACGCCGGCCUAGACUCGAGUAGUGUUGGCUCAGCAUCUUGCCCACCCCAGGGCUGUAUGCUGCAGCUCGAGUUUGCCUAUCCGCUGGUGCCUGACUCCCUCACUGUUUGGGUCACCUUCUUCUCUCCGGAGGAGACUGGACUGCCUGCAAUCCACGACAUCCUUCUGCUGACCCUCAGUGGUAACAACAUCUCUCUGGGUCCACAAUAUGUGUUCUGUGACACACCGUUGACACUUAAGCUAGAUGUAAAGGAAGAGGUGUAUGGGGUGCAGUUCUUCACCAUGGAGCAGCACUUGGAAAUCGACGCCACAUUGCUUGCCUCAAAGCCAGACAAUCCUCUGUGCCGGUCGUGCCAUCCUCUACGCUAUAGACUGAUUCGACAGCCACCAUUCACACAUUCACCAUAUGGGCUGAUCCUUCAGGAAGCUACUCUGAGAUAUGUGGACAGGGACUUAAAGCCUGAUGAGACGUACACCUACCAUGUGCUGACAGUGUCCAGAAGAGCGGAGAGUGAACCAUCUCCUCCUCUCUCUCACCAGCUGGGCUCACCCUACUGUGGAGAUGGACUCAUCCAAAAAUAUCUUGGAGAGCAAUGUGAUGACAUGAACUUCGCUAAUGGAGAUGGCUGCUCAAACCAGUGCAAGAAAGAGCCGUUGUUCAACUGUGUUGAUGAGCCCAGCUUAUGUUACUUCUACGAUGGUGAUGGCGUGUGUGAGGACUUUGAGCGGGAGGUGAGCGUAAGGGACUGUGGUCUCUAUACUCCGAGCGGGUUCCUGGAUCAGUGGGCCACUGCGGUGGAGGUGUCCAAUGAGGAGAAGAUAUCCUGUCCAGCGGAGGUGGCUGUUGGAUAUCCUGCAGUGACAAAGAGCUGUCAGUCGAAGGUGUUUGACCUGUCGCAUGGCGUGUCUCAGUACGCUUGGUUUCCCUGUGACGAGUCUCAGCAGCACAGCUGGACUUCACAAUAUUGGUUGAAGGCCUAUUACGCCCAUCCUAUGGUGGCUGCUGCGGUCAUUAUCCACCUGGCUGCUGACGGGACAGCCGACAUCGACCAGAGACAACACAACAUUACUGUUCAGCUGGUGGACACUAAGGAGCAAACGCACCCUCUCGGGGACUGGAGGCUGAGCUGCCGGAACAAUCCACUGGUGAUUCCUGUGAGUCAUGACCUGAGCGUGGCUUUCUACCGGACAAAAGCCAUUAUAGUGAGCUUCAGCUCUCCUCUGGUGGCCAUCUCAGGUGUUGGGCUGCGCUCCUUUCAAUAUUUUGACCCCAUCACUAUCAGCGGGUGCCAGAGCAAUGAAAUUUAUAACCCCAUGGGCCAAAGUUGCGUUCAUUACUCAUGUGACGCCAUUGAAUGUCAGAAGCCAAUGGUCAGUAAUGCAGAGAUGAAGUGCAAUAGUCCUGGAUACUUCAAUGGAGCUCGAUGUACUAUCACCUGCAACCGAGGAUAUACACUGAAGAUACACCGGGAUGAUGAUAUCAUUAAAACACAGUCUGAAUCCACGGUGACCCUCACCUGCGCUGAUGGGAAAUGGAACAAGCAGGUGACCUGUGAACCUGUGGACUGCGGGCGGCCUGACAAGUACCACGUGCACCCGGCUAUCUUUGAGUUCUCUGAAGGAACCACCUACGGCAAGAAGUGCACUUUUCAGUGCCGGGAGCCGGCUCAGUUAGUGGGAAGUAAUAACGUGCUGACGUGUAUGGAGGAUGGCAUGUGGUCCUUCCCUGAGGCUCUAUGUGAGCUACGCUGUCCGGUCCCUCCUCCUGUACCCAACGCUGUCCUGCAGACCAAACGCUGUAAUGCCACAGGCCUCAAAGUUGGGUCUUUCUGCAAGUACAAGUGCAAGCCUGGCUACCAUGUGCCCCACAUAGACAAGCCCAAGAGGUCAGUGCCUGUGAUGUAUCACAGGCGUGCGUUUAAGCGGCAGUGUACGGAGGAUGGAACCUGGCAGUCGGGUGAGUGUGUGGCAGUCACAUGUGAGCCGCCUCCUCCCAUUUUCCACGGUACCUACAAGUGCACAAAUGGCUUUCAGUUCAACAGCGACUGCUGGAUCGACUGCAACAGGGCUAACCACACGGUGAGACAGCACAGCCGCUGCAAGCAGGGUCCUUCAAACAACGUGAUCCGAUGCAGAAAGGACGGGAACUGGACAGGUUCUUUCCGUCUUUGCCCCAACCGGACAGGCCAGUGUUCCCUUCCACAAAAUCUUAGCCCAACUAUCCAUCUCAACUGCAAGGACGGACACGGCAUAGGAAAGGAGUGUGAGGUGGCGUGUAGAGAUGCUAGCAGCAGUGUGGUCCUCCUCCCCAGCAACACGAGUGUCACAGCUGUGAUGAAAGACCACUGGUGGAACCCACCCAAAGUUAAGAAUAUUGUGUGCACCAUGGGUCUAAAGUGGUAUCCUAACCCAGAGGCCCUCCACUGUAUUAAGGGAUGCGAGCCGUUCAUGGGUGAUAAUUACUGCGACGCCAUCAACAACCGAGCGUUCUGCAGCUACGAUGGUGGAGACUGCUGCCAUUCUACUGUUAAAACCAAAAAGGUGAUUCCAUUCCCUAUGUCAUGUGACAUUCGAGAAGACUGUGCGUGUCGGGACCCCGACGCCCAGGAGAACAACAAAGGAGUCCGCCAGCGGUCCAUUGGUUGAGCUUGGUACCCCCCUGUGGCACCCAGGGGGCCUGCUGGGAAACCAUUCUUCUCUACAUGCUGCUUAUAAGAGGGCCUUUCCACUCACACCGCACUCCAACAUGCCCUCGUUUCCUCAUCAAACAGCAACAACUUAAGAGGGUAUGACACUCAAAAACAAGCAACCAAUCAAACACAUUAACAACAGGUUUCGCAAAGGACAAGAAGUGGAAGUUUUAUGAAUGACUUAUGGCAAUAGCAACCAUAGAUGUCAUCAAACUAAAGCCCAAACAAGCCUGGGCUGACAGUUUUGUUGUUUUAUGUUUGCUUUCAUUGAUCAUUAUUUGUAAAACGCAACCAUGGCAAUGUUGUUCUUAUGUAAAGCCAGAGGAAGAAGGGGGAAAGGGAAAAAUGCAGCUGUUAAUAUUUGCCUGUAGUCAGAAAAUGGGAUGAUUCCAAUCGAGUCAAAUCAAGAGCUCCAAACUAAAGCAAAUCGAUGAAUGAGAGGACCUCUGAUGUUUUCGUGAUGCCCCUUAACGCCUGACCUCCGAGACUGUCUCGAUGACAGUUUAGCCAUUCACUGUGUCCUCGCAUAUCAAGUGUUCUCCGCGUUCUUAUAUUUAUCAAUUCAAAUUGACCUAGAAAUGGACCUUAAAAUCAAAUCCAAAUUUGUGUCACACGAAUGGCUUGCACUCCUCUGAAUGUUUGAGCUGCUCUUACUCACUACGAAAAAAAAAUAUCUGGCUGCCGACCUCAGAGCCUGUAUGAAACAUCGAGGGAUGAUGGGAACGUUUCACAGGGCAUAGGAAGAUGUACGAGUGCAGCUGCUGUGGCCCUAAAUCACCAAAUCCUGUAUAUCAGCAAGAAAUGCACAAAUCUGAUGCCGAAAAAUCAUCAGAGGAGGUGUUGAUCCAGUGAGUUACAUCCAGAGAGAGAGAGAGCUCGUGAAAGAAGUUGUGUUAGCACAGCUGUUGCUGCUAGUUUUGCUGCUGUGGCCAUGCAGCCAAUUCUGUCUAUGGACAGUUUGUAGUUUAAUGCAAGUGCAGUCUGCCAUAGAUUUUACCUCUGGUCAAAAUGCAGUUAUAUCAGCUUUACAUGAAAUAUAUAUAUAUAAAUAUAUUCAUAUACAUGCAAACAGCUUUAUACAUGCAGAUCUACUAACAGGUUCCCCUCCGCCUUCCCUAGGGCUGUCAAAGUUCACACACUAAUUGACAUAAUGGUUUCAUUCUGUUCUGUGUCAUUUUCUAACAACUCAUCUGAGCUGAACAUUGGGAGCUAAUUGAAAUGGAUCACGCACCCGUGUUUCUAUCAGUAAAUGAAGAAAGAUGUUGAAUUGAUAAUUUAUUUAUAAUCAGUCCCUGAUGGGAUGUUUAACAAAAGUCAUUUGCAUGCUUGGUGAAAUUUAAUUAAUCAAACCGAAAUUCAUCUUUUACUUAAGAAAGAUCAAAUCCAUUAAGUGCUAUUCCAUUCGUAUUUCCUGUCCUGUUUAGUGCAGUUUGAUAAUUAAUAUUGACUAUAGAAUUUCUUUCUGGAACAAAUUAAGAGCACGGUUGCAUAAAUUUAGCUCUGUCUGGUUUCAUUAUAUAGAUAUAUCAUCCACAUAACUUGCCAAGCUCAAAUACACAUAUUCUUUGGAAGUGAAUGCAUUAAUGCUAUGCAUUAUAACUAUGAAACCGAUUAGACUGAUCAUUUUAAUAGAUUGACAGCCUUGUUAGAGACACAAUGGCCACUGAGAUGAUUGACUAAAAGUGAAAUACAAUUAUAUACACACUGACACAGCAUAUACCAGACAUAAUUAAUAAUUCAAAUAAAAUGGGCAGUCAGUCAGCAUUUGCUUGUUGAUGAAGACUAGCUAAAAGGCCUCUGUCAAUCAGGAAAAUAACAUUUUAUUAUAAGCCAAGUGUUCAUUCAAAAGUAAUGCCAAAUUAUAAGAAAAGUGAGUAAAGUAUUGACCAAAAGAAUGUAAUUUAGGCUUCAUUGUGAAUAUAAUAAGCAUUUAGCAUCAAGGUGUUCAUGCUAGCUCAGUCUAAUGUAGCAUUAUAUUUGUAAAAGAGUGGUUAUAAAAUAGAUGAAAUCAUUUCAGGCUUACAGUGAGUCCACCUUUACAGUCCAUUUCAUCUGACAUUUUGUAACAAAAAUAUCUCAUUGGCAGAUAUGCCAUCGGUGCUCCCCUUUUUGUGGUGCUCAUUAUUUUUGUGAAAAGUAACUAACAAUAACAUUAGCGCAUAACAGCAGUAUAUGUAACAACUAGCUUGAAGUUCAACACAAUAGCAAAUGUGUUAUUUUAUAGUAAGUGUAAUAACAGGCAUUGUUAAGAUUUAUAUGUACACCAGUAUAAAACUGAGAUUGUAGUCUAUGGUGGUGUGGUAGUCAAUGGCAGUCAGUACAACCCCAUUAAACACAUUACCUUUUAAUAUCUACACAUUGGUUUACAAACCACUUUUAGAAAGUAUAGAGACAUCAAAAUAACUUCGAAACAUUUAUCAGCCACCCUCACAUUCUCCCUGAGCUCUUACAAAUACAUAUAAAUGACAUCUUUCUCAUUACAUUAGCAAUAUAGCAUAGAUAGCAGAAGUGAGGCUACUUAUCAAACCAGGAUAUCCCAACAGGUUGUGUCAGCCCAGCCAAUGAUAAGAGGUUAUUUCUAUGGCAUUAAUGUCUAACGAUAAAUAUUAUGUUUUUCAGAAGUAAAGAGUUUAAGGUAGGAAGAGCCUUGUGUGUAUAUUUAUAUCUGGUGGUUUUAUUCAAAUGUAUCUCUGUCAAUCAAUAUUUUUAUCUUUGACCACAGUUGCUGCACUUGUCUUUGUACAGUCGUUUUGUCGAUGAAAUAGUAAAAAAAAAUAGAAAGAAAAGAAAAAAGUUUACCAUAAAAAAGCUGCUAUGGUCAAACAGGUUAUCAUAAUUGUUAAAUUAAAUAGUCGUUUAGUGUAUGACAUCAUUGAAUAGUACUUUAUACUGUGUGUUGUUGUUGUUUUCUUCUCUUUUCACUCCCUUUGGUUAAAACGGCGAGUAUUAAAGAGAGAUGUGUGUAGUCCGAUUACAAAUACAGAUGUUAAAAACACAGCUACCAUCAAAUGAUAUCCAAAGGAAAACAAAUCUGACCUGCAAGAGACAUGGCACCAGUGAGAUGACCGAGUCACUGAUGUCUUAUUUAUCCAUGUACACAAGCAGCUCUGUUGUCAUUUCUUUCGAUGUAAAGAUUAUGUCAUAUUUAGUCUCUAUAGACAUCUUUGUUCCUAGUAUCAAACUGUAUGCUAUUAUUGCAUAGUAAAUGCUAAAAUACUGCUGCUUUUAUUCAAUUAUCACUUGGAAAGAGUGCCUAGAACAAAUACCAAUAUAUGUGCAAUCUUAUGAACCAGUAUCACGACCGGUUUCAGACAUCACUGAAGAUGGACCUUUACUGAGCAUCACAGUACAUACAGUUCUUUACUGGGGUGAUCAACCUUUUCUGUCCUUUUUUGUUCCUGGAAAUGUUAAGAAAAGCUGAAUGCAUUCUUACGCAAUGUUACUUUUUUUCUUCUGAAGCCAUGAAAAACAAGAUCAAAUCAAAUGAAGUUUGGUGAAACAGUCUACUGUAAACUUAACAGGAUCUUUUUUGCUGUACCUCAUGCCUGUAAUGUUUGCUGCUUACUUGUUCAGUAUUUUAGUAAUUUAAAUCUCUUAGCAAUAUACAAUGUUGUAAAUAGCAGAAUUAUUUAUUAAGAAUGUUGUCUUUUUAUUUAUAUUUACACAGUCCAUCUAAGUUAUUUUUAUAUGUCUCCAGUGUUACUUGGUGUGAUCAAAAGUCUUUUUUCCCCCUUACUGUUUAUUUCUCUGUCGGUUCCUCUGUUCCGGUUUGAAAGCAAAGGUCUGGCGUAAGAAAUGACCUGUUUUCCCAGCCACUCAAUCUGUAUGAGUAAUAAAUAAAAGUCUCUAAUUCACCAGGAAAAUGUUAUAGAAAUAUCACCUUUGGAAAAUCGUACAAAGCGUUCCUUUGCCGUAUUGACUUCCACCCGUGUUUUAGAUUCCAUAUGUUUGUAUAUUCUGGGGAAAUUGGUCAGAAAGGUUCCGUUUCCAAUUGCUGAGUAGAUACAUUGAACCGGUCUGGAGCCGUGGGGCUCGUGUGGUUUUGUGUAAAUAGUAGAAUAGGUGAGAGAAACUGAAAGACUGCUUGUGGUGGCUCAGCUGCUGAUGUUUGGCCACGUAUAGAAAGCUUCAUGUAUAGAUUCCUUCUAUAAUCCAACACGUGUCCCUACAUUUUCAUCCCCACCGCAGAAAGAGGCACGUCCUCAUUACCGUACAUGCAGACAAAGUUGUACCUCAGCAAAUUAGUGUCCUAUUUUGUAAAUCCAAUUUUGUGAUUUAAAGGUUUCAACCUAUUUCAGAUUUCCCUAGUGCUGUGUUUUCUUGAAGAAUAGCCUGAAGGUCACUUAACAUCGUGGGAUUUUAUACAGCUUCUGUAUUUCAACACAGCUGUGUAGGUUUUGUACAGUGCCACCAGUAACAUGACUGCACAUUAAUAUUAUGCCAGUUCAGCAUGCUUUUCUCAAAUCCCAUAACCUGAAGAUUACAGUUGCAUGAUCAAAACCAUAUUCCCAAAGUCUGAGAUGUAAAAAUUUGAUGGUGUGCUACUUCCAUCCGAGUAGUAUAGCAAAUUUAGAUGUAUUUAUCAUACGUGAGAUAUUUUACCCCAUUAUGUGUCAUUUGAGUAUUUAUUCUGUGUGCUGUUUUUAUUGUUCUUUUCAAAACCUUUAUAUCUAAGUCAAAUAUGUUACAUGUUAUUUGAUAUAUAUUUUUCCUAAGUGUUUCUUUUCGAUGCCCUGCUCCAUUUUGUGUCUUUGUUUGGUCUCCAAAUUUGCAAAUUCUUCUGCGACUGCACUGACAUAAAACCAAGACCAGACAUGAUGACAAACCUGUUGUUCCUUCCUGGCAUAUUUCCAAAUACAACCCUAAAAGGCUUGACCUCUUACACUGACGGUCUCUGUAAGCACUGGUUAGUCUCAAUAAACCCACUUUGCUCAGUAUACAUACUAAAUGCACUGUUUUGGGCACUUACCACAAUAUUAUUUUAAUAACCAAUUGAUUUGUACCAUUUUUCAUGAUUAUCUCUGAUGUGAGCAGUUUGCCACUGUUGUUUGUUCAUUUGUUUGUUUUUAUAUAUAAUAUUGUGAUAUUAUUUGUCACAGAGCAGACUAGUGUACUGUAUAUUUUCAUGAACUCCUCAAGCAUUAUUAACAGUAAGUACAUCAAUGUUAUUUUUCCUGAUAUGUAUUAUUUAGAAAAUAAACA